GCAUCAGAAGGUAUCAGACCAACAGUGACCAACCAUGACCUACAGCACCCUGGCCGCGUGUCUCUUCUGCCUUCUGGCUCUCACUUCAGCUUGCUACAUCCAAAACUGCCCCAUUGGAGGAAAGAGAUCGGUGAUGGACAUCAUGGACAUCAGGAAGUGUAUCCCUUGUGGGCCGAGAAAUAAAGGACAUUGUUUUGGGCCAAACAUCUGUUGUGGGGAGGAACUGGGUUGCUACGUUGGGACCUCGGAGACGUUAAGGUGCCAGGAAGAGAAUUACCUUCCUUCUCCAUGUGAGUCGGGGAGAAAACCUUGUGGGAACAAUGGAGGAAACUGCGCCGCCUCUGGCAUCUGCUGCAAUCACGAGAGCUGCACAGUGGAUCCGGCCUGUGAGCAGGACUCGGUAUUUUCCUAGAAGACGCGGCGCCGAUAGUGACGGUUCCAGCGCUACAGGACGUGAGAGGAUGAGCCCCCGGGACUCAUUACAGCAUCUGACAACAUAUCAAUGCCCCAUUUAUAGAUAUACUGAAUGCAGAAUAAAUAACAAUAUAACACUGGAA